AUGGAUAUAAAAGAGGAGAUGAAUGCGGCUGUCAUAAAUCUCAAUGAGAAAAGGACCAUAAAUGUUAAGGAAGAGGACUGUGAAUGGGAGUGUGUCCACCCUAAACAUGAAAGUCUGUUCAUUAAGGAUGAGGACUGUGAAUUGGUGUCAGUGGGCAUUAAAGAAGAGCCUGACGAGAACUCUGUCAGCAGUACGACUGACAUCCAUACAAAUGUGGAGAGUGUCAAGGAAGACAACCUUCAUUCCGAACGUCGAGAUGAUGCAGUGACCGCGUUAGCCCCUUGUGAAAGCACACACUCUUCAUUUCUGGCAUCUUCUUUCAAUGUGAAGUCUGAAUCAUUACAGUCCGACACAGAGGAGAUUAAAGAAAUUUCAUCUCUUACAACUCAGAAAGAUGAGGCGAUGCUUUCAAAGAAGUCUGCAAAAAGAAUCAAAUAUGGCUUAUCUUCUGAAUGUGAUAAACAAAUCUGUAAAAGGAGUACACUUGGGAGCAUUCACACAGGAGAGAAGCCAUAUUGCUGUUCUGACUGUGGCAAACAGUUUUCACUAAGAAGAUACCUUACUAACCACAAGAGAAUUCACACAGGGGAGAAGACGCAUUGCUGUUCUGAGUGUGGCAAACAGUUUUCUCAAAGAAGAUACCUUAAGAACCACAAAAGAAUUCACACAGGGGAGAAGCCAUAUUGCUGUUCUGAAUGUGGCAAACAGUUUUCACAAAGAAGCAAUCUUCAGGCCCACAAAAUAAGUCACAUGGGAGAAAAUCCUUAUUGUUGUAUUGAAUGUGGUAAACAGUUUCAACGAAGAGAUAUUCUUGAGACCCACAAAAGGAUUCACACAGGGGAGAGGCCAUAUUGCUGUUCUGAAUGUGGCAAACAGUUUUCACAAAAAAGCAAUCUUCAGGCCCACAAAGUAAUUCACACUGGAGAGAAGCCAUAUUGCUGUUCUGAAUGUGGCAAGCAGUUUUCACGAAAAGGCCAUCUUCAGAGUCACAAAAUAAGUCACACAGGAGAGAAGCCAUAUUGCUGUUCUGAGUGUGGCAAACAGUUUUCACAAAGAAGCUAUCUUCAGAACCACAAAAAAAGUCACAUGAGGGAGAAGCCAUAUUGCUGUAUUGAAUGUGGCAAACAGUUUUCAAAAAGACGCAAUCUUCAGACCCACGAAAGAAUUCACACUGGGGAGAAGCCUUAUUGCUGUUCUGAAUGUGGCAAGCUGUUUUCACGAAAAGGCCAUCUUCAGAGCCACAAAAGAAUUCACACGGGGGAGAAGCCAUAUUGCUGUUCAGAAUGUGGCAAACGAUUUUCACGAAGAGGCCCUCUUCAGACCCACGAAAGAAUUCACACCGGCGAGAAGCCAUAUUCUUGCUCUGAUUGUGGCAAACAAUUCCAUUUCAUGAGUGAUCUUCAUAGCCACAAAAGAAUUCAUAUGGGAGAGAAGCCGUAUGAAUGUAAUCAAUGUAAGAGACGGUUUUCACAAAGAAGGAAUCUUCUGCUCCACCAAAGGAUUCACACAGGAGAGAGACCAUUUUGCUGUAAUCAAUGUGGUAAACAAUAUCCUUCUAUAGGCAGUCUGAAGAGACACUCUACACUUCACAUGAGAGAAGGAGGAAGCCUUGAAGGAGAAAACUGUCAAGUGAAGAAGGGACAAACUUAACCCUCCCAACUACUCAAGUCUUGUUUAAGUACAUUUAUGUGGUGGGCUUCAUUAUAUAAGAUCCAUACUCUGUUCCAUCUAGGCAAACCUACUCAUAUGGUUUAAAAAGAAUCCAAGUAAGUAAUUCAUUCUGGCCAAUUGUCUUCUUGGAUAAAAUGGUGCCUGCCCUCUGCCUCUGCACUGUAAGCAUCACCCAUUCUACUAGGCUUUAGUGGCACACUAGACCUGUGAAGAAAGCAGAUUUAACGGGGAUGCAGGUAUCCAGCUUCACCCAACUCUGUGUCCAUUACUCUAUGUCAUUCCAAACUAAGAAACUCCAGCUUGUGUACUGGAUCUGCCUGGACUUCAUCGGACAACAGAGGUGUAAAUCUGAUGUUAAGUUGACAUCUUUCCAAAUGCCCCUCUGCAGGCUUUUUGAGCCAGAAGGCUAGAAGUUAAGCUCUUAGUUAAUAAAUGAUGACUCUGAUGGACAGAAGAACUCGUCUAUGAGUUCACACUGAUUUAAUAAGUGGAAAUAACUUCAGUAACAUCAGGAGAAUUCUAAUCAUUCCAUUCAAGUUUUUCUCUGGACACUUUCACUGAAUUCCCUGGAGAUUCUCUCAGGGAAUGGGGCUUUCCAAAAUGACUGAAAACCACUGAAACUAAAAGCUGAUGAGCCAUUUUGGGUUGGGGGAGCAGAGAACUGACAACCUCUUCCAUUUUGAGGAUCAGAAAUUGACAGUCUCACUGCCAAGCUGUAGGCCAGUCAUCUGACAGGAUUGAGAAAUGGCCAUCUCUUUAAGAAGGGAAUUCCAGAAUCUAAACUCUUGUGCCAGAAACAGUAAGUUGCAGAUGACACAACAAACAGCAGAAAGCAAGCCAAGAAAGCAGCAUCAGCAAAUGCCACAAACAAAGAAGCAUGCAGUAAAGAGGAGGAGUGCACUCUAAUGCAAGAAGAAAUUGAACACUUGAACCCAAAGCAACAACUCCACAGAACAUCAGACGUCACCUUUAAAGACUUGGUAUUGUAAAGCUAUUUAUCAGUGCCAUGAUAAAUUAGAAUUCUAAAUAGCAAAUAAACAGCCAGCCUGACGUUAUA